AUGUCCCCCAUUCUGGCGAAUAUUCCCUCGAAUGCUGUUCUAGACUAUGAUGCUGCUAAGCUGCUGAGCAAUAUUCAGUAUAUUCUAGCUGCUAAAGCCACAGAAGCGCUUCCUUUAUUGGAUCAACUGCUUACGAAGGUACCUUCUCUAUCCCUGGAUGCAGUUCAUUCCGAAAAUCGUGAGCGUUCCAUCGUGAUUCGUGGUGACCCGGAAGCCGACGCUGGUUUAUCCGCAUCACUUCGACAGCAGUUUACUCCAGGGUGUGUUUCCGAAAUUCUUGACGUUCUUGACAUCGAAACUCGGCCCAUCGAGGUGUUCCGAAUGGACAAAGUUGGUUAA